AUGGCCGACACUAUCACGGCCCUGCCAACUCCGCCCGCGCAAUCUAGCAACAAGAACGAGACACGAGUCCAACGCGCCAAGAAUCGAAUAUCGAAAGCAGCCGGUUCUGAGCCGUCGGAGCUCUUCGGCAAGCAUGCGCCCAAGUCCUGGGGACAGAGCCUUCUCGAGCAGCUCGCCACUACCAUUGAGCUGGCCAAGAGAGGAAAAGCUGGCAUCAGAGUGGAACAACUGGUAGCUCGCCUGAAGGAAGAGGCAGACCGCGACCCAACUGCCAAGGGUGUAGUCAGCAACGGUAUUGUCACCAGGAUCAGGUUGGAGAUCACGGGCAAGUCGCGGGGAUGUGCGCCCCAAGAUGAGGAGGAUGAGGUCGCAGAGUCUGAUGGGGAUGCACAAUUGACCUCAUCGCCGUCCAAGGGUCGACCGCUCAAAAGGCGUCGCAAGAACCCCGAGCCCGAACCCGAGCCCCAGGCUGUGAACACGGAGGACAAACAGGAUAAGGAGGAUGGAGAAGACGCAGAAGAUUCUCGAGACAUCGCCUCUCCCGGCCCUGAAGCCAAAGGUCCCCUACCGAUUGAGGAUUACCACAAGCGCAUCGCUGCACACCAACACCGCCUCAAACUCUUCGAAGACGACCGCGACGCAGCACAGCUUCGACUCGAUCAAAAGGAUCCCCUCAACAAUGCUCUCCAAGAGACCACGGCAAUCCGCGACAGCACCCGCACAAAGGCCCAAGAGUCCGCAACCGCACUUGCCGAGCUUGAGGCGCUGGUAGCUCGACAUGGAGAUAUCCUGCCAGCCACAGUCCGCGACAGCAUCGACUGGGCGAAAGACAAUUCGGACGACGCGAACCGCGAAGCCGAACAAGCAGAGGUUGAUUUAGCAGCAGCUCAAAAGAGAGUUGAUGAACUUGCGGCAGCCGAGCCAGCGCUUCGGGAUACAGUUGUGAUCAUGACGGAGGGUAUUGCAGGUUGUUUGGAUGAUAUUGACAAGGAAGAAAAGGACAUGGAUGCGGCAUUGUGCAUGCAGAGUAUUCAGCGUCUGACCUGGAAGGUCUUAAGGGCUAAGCCGGUGGAGCAAGUUAAUGACUUGCGGUCGCUGAUUGAUGACAUGUUGGCGUCUGGGGAGGGAGGCGAAUAG